CCCUGGUGAGUGGGUGACAGGUCGCUCCAGGCAGAGAAGGUUGCUGAGAAAGUCAGGAUUGGGUUUCAGGUGAGAAGGACCAUGGAGAGAGAGAGGAGGGCCGAGCCGUUUUCCAGGCUGCUCCCCAGCACCUGAGCUGGGAUCCAGAGUUUGCAGGGGUAGGUGAUGUCCCCGAGGGAACAGAGGUCUCCAGUGCCUUCUUCAGCUCUGUUGGGUCCUGUGUGACGUCGGUCAGCCCCCUCGCUGGGCUGCUGCCGCUGCUGCUGGAGCUCUGAGCGUGGUGCUGGUGCCAGGCCAGCGGCCGGCCAGCACAGACACAUCGGCCCUUGUUGGGAGAACAGAGCAGCUCUCUACCCACUGCCCAUCCUCCGGCUCCAGCUGCUGCCUUAGUCCGUGGCCUCUGCUUGGACUUUGCAGUGCCCACAGAGUCUGCCUGAUCCCUGAGACAAAAUAAAAUGAACCCCAACCAGGCCGGGAUGACCAGUCCACAGGCCUCGAGGGCCAAUGGGAACAUCAACCUGGGACCUUCAGCCAACCCAAAUGCCCGGCCCACCGACUUCGAUUUCCUCAAAGUCAUUGGCAAGGGGAACUAUGGGAAGGUGCUCCUGGCCAAACGCAAGUCCGACGGGAUGUUCUAUGCCGUGAAGGUGCUACAGAAAAAGUCCAUCUUAAAGAAGAAAGAGCAGAGCCACAUCAUGGCCGAGCGCAGCGUGCUCCUGAAGAACGUGCGGCACCCCUUCCUGGUGGGUCUGCGCUACUCCUUCCAGACCCCCGAGAAGCUCUACUUCGUGCUCGACUACGUCAACGGGGGCGAGCUCUUCUUCCACUUGCAACGCGAGCGCCGGUUCCUGGAGCCACGGGCCCGCUUCUAUGCCGCAGAGGUGGCCAGCGCCAUCGGCUACCUGCACUCGCUCAACAUCAUCUACAGGGAUCUGAAGCCGGAGAACAUUCUCUUGGACUGCCAGGUAGGUGCAUGUGUGUUGUCUUGCUUACAGAUGGGGAGGCAGAAGCUGCGAGUGCAUCCUUCAGCUAGGUGUCUUUACCCCCCACAGUACUUGGCUCCUGAAGUGCUGCGGAAGGAGCCGUACGAUCGGGCGGUGGACUGGUGGUGCUUGGGGGCCGUCCUCUAUGAGAUGCUGCACGGCCUGCCGCCCUUCUACAGCCGGGACGUGUCCCAGAUGUAUGACAGCAUCCUGCAGCAGCCCCUGCAGCUCCCCAUGGGCCUGACGGUGGCCGCCUGCGACCUUCUGCAGGGCCUGCUGCACAAGGACCAGCGGCGGCGGCUGGGCUCCAGAGAAGACUUUCUGGAGAUAAAGAACCAUGUGUUCUUCAGCCCCAUCAACUGGGAUGACUUGUACCACAAGAGGCUGACUCCACCCUUCAACCCCAACGUGGCAGGACCUGCUGACUUGAAACACUUUGACCCUGAGUUCACCAAGGAAGUCGUGUCAAAGUCGAUUGGCUGCACUCCAGACACUCUGGCCAGCAGUGCGGGGGCUUCAAGUGCAUUCCUGGGAUUUUCCUAUGCCCCAGAGGAGGAUGACGUCUAGCUAGCUAGAAGUGGAGGCACCUGGGAAACCACUCAAGACAGCUGGUGUCAGUAAGGAGUUACCUUCAGCUGCUCAUCACAGACUCCAGGCAACCGUGCCUUCGCUGAGAUGUUUCCCCCACCUCCAUGGAGGAAUGGUGUCAGGGCGUCCAGGGCAGCUCUGCCAGCUCCACGGUCAUCCGACACAAAGGCGUCUCUGCUCUGCAAAAAUGAUUUCCACUAUUAGAGCUGUUUCAUGAUCACAAAGCGUUUCUGGGGCCCUCGUCAUCGUUUCGUGAUUUCGGGGCAGGGAAAAGCGGGGAAAGAGGAAAAGGCGCCUUUGAAGAGCUUUCCUGGAAGCCUUGUGCAAUGACCUCUGCUUCCAUGUCAUCAGCGGUCCCACCCUAACUGGAGGAGGUGGCACAUCAGUCCCUCCAAGAGCGUAAGGGUUUGGAGACGAGCAAGAGGGGAAGCAUGAGGGGCAGGGGAUAGACACUCUUUUCAGAGGGGGUCUCAGUGUUCGGAUUUUGAGCGUUAGGUGUAAAACAAGAGCAAUGUACCAAACCCA